CCUGCUUCCUUACUGUAGGCUAAUCAUGCUCUCAGAGCCCUCUGCAGCAAAUAAAGUUGCUGAUUAUGAAGCGGACACUUCCUUCCUUGGAGAAUGGGGACGUUUCCAGCAGCGCGUCUUUUUCCUCCUGUGCCUGAUUGUCAUCCCUAAUGGAUUGACUGGUCUCUCCAUCGUUUUUUGGGCGGACACGCCGGCGCACCGCUGCAUGCUGACUGCGCACCUGAACCUCAGCGCCGCAUGGAGAAACAGCAGCAUCCCGCUGGAGGAGGAUGCGAGCCGCGGCGGGGAUCUGGUGCCCAGCAAAUGUUUCAGAUACAAAUUGGAGAAUUUGAUGAAUUAUUCGGAAACAGGUUUGCUACCUGGAGUGGACGUUAAUCUGUCUAAUGUGCCGAAAGAAGGCUGCUUGGACGGAUGGGAGUUUGACCACAGCGUGUAUACAUCUACUAUUGUGACUGAGUGGAACCUGGUGUGUGAUGACAGCUGGAAGACUCCACUGACAUCUUCUAUCUACUUCUGUGGUGUUCUCACUGGCUCCUCCAUUUCAGGACAGCUCUCUGACAGGUUUGGGAGAAAGAUAGCGCUGUUUGGUACCUUAGCCCUGCAGGGAGUAUCCAGAUUCAUUCAAAUUUUCUCUCCAAACUGGACCGUUUUCUGUGUUUUGUAUUUUAUUGUGGGGAUGGGUCAAAUUUCAAGUUACAUGGUUGCAUUUGUUUUAGGAGUGGAGAUACUAAGCUUUCGUGCGCGAACAAUUUUCUCCACGGCUGGAACAAACCUGUUUUUUUGUUUGGGCUACAUGCUUCUGCCGUUGCUUGCAUUCUAUAUCAGAGACUGGAGGACGCUAAUUCUUGUAUUGACGCUACCAAGUUGCCUAUGUUUGCCUCUCUGGUGGUUCAUCCCAGAGUCUCCUCGAUGGUUGCUCUCCCAGGGAAGAAUAGAAGAAGCUGAGGCCAUCAUAAGAAAUGCAGCUGAAAUGAACAACAUUGAGCCUCCAGCUGUCAUCUUUUGCCCUUUACAGAAUGGAGUUAAAACAGAGGACAGGAGGAGCUACAACAUCUGUGACCUGAUUCGUUCUCCAAACAUCCGCUGGAUCUCGAUCACGCUGUGGGUGAUCUGGAACACCCUCGUCAUCGGCUACUUUGCUCUUUCCCUGAACACGUCGAACCUCCACGGGAAUGUCUACUUCAACUGUUUCCUGUCGGCCCUUGUGGAGAUACCAGCCUAUGUUCUGUCCUGGGCUAUGUUUCACUGGUGUUCUAGACGAAUGAGUGUCUUCGCUUCACUCUCUUCAGGGGGAUUAUUUCUACUCAUCAUACAGCUCGUACCUGCACAUUUGGUGUUUCUAUCCAUUACAUUUGAGAUGAUGGGGAAGUUUGCUGUAACAACUGCCUUCUCUGUUGCCUACGCAUACACUGCAGAGCUGUACCCAACUGUGCUGAGGAAUACAGCUUUUGGUGCCUGCUCCAUGGCCUCUAGAAUUGGAAGCAUUAUAGCUCCAUUUUUUAUUUAUUUAAGAACCUAUUACAUCUACCUGCCUUACAUCCUAAUGGGAAGCCUCACAACUGUGGCAGGGUUGCUGAGUCUCCUGCUGCCGGAGAGCUUUGGAAUGCCACUGCCGGAAACUAUUAGUCACAUGCAACAAUUCCCUGGGUGUUGUCAGAAGACACCUUACAUCCUAACACACACUAAGGAGGAGGGAAAAGCUGUUGAAGUGAGGUCUCUAGUCAGACGGAGCAAAUCUGACUUCAAACAAAUGAGCGGUGAUGAAGCUCAUGUAUGAGAAAAUCCCUCUUUGAUUUGAAAAACCAUACAGGGAUCAUACGUCCACUGUAUGAGUACAAGGGCUUUCUCUUUUGUCCACAUCCUUUUUCUCCAUUAAUGUAACGCUGCCAUAGUUGAUUGCACUGAUAGACUCAAAAUGGUACGGGAAUAUAAACAAAUGUUAGCAUGGAAAGUUUUUCAACUUACCUUAAAUUUUUGUUAUAUAAACCUGUACAACUGUCA